AGAUCUGUGAUCUGAGGUGCUACGUACCUUUCCCUUCCUUUUCAUUAGAGCUGUGCUCGUUUCCGUUCUCUAUCUAGACUGCUCCACCUCUUGGGGGCAUAUAUACAUUCUUUAACUUCUUUUUUUGCUAUCUUCAUUUGACAUUACCUGAAGCCAUCAAUACCGACAAUGAAGCUCACCACCUCCCUGGCAGUCAGCGCUCUUCUGGCCGCAAGCACCGCUCUAGCCGCGCCCCACGAGGCCCGCCAGCAGCGCCGCCAAUUCGGCAGCGGCGUCCCCGGCGGCGACGGCGCAGCAGUGAACGGCUUCACCAGCGGCGGCCGAAACCAAGGCCAGGGGCAGGGGCAGGGGCAGUGGCAGCCCUCGGUCAACUGGGGCGCGGCAUCUGCUCCCAGCGCGAGCGCCAGCGCCAGCACCGACUGCAACAGCAACAGCAGCCAACAACAACAACCGACCCAAACCGCCGCCCCAACGAGCUACUCCUACUCGACGGCGCCCACCACCACCGCGAGCGUGGACCACGGCGCCAGCACCAGCACGGCGACCAACUACCAGAUCAACGAGAACUGGGCGGGCGCGGUGCUGGAAUCGGCGCCGGCGUCGAGCGCGACGUACACGUACGUGGCGGCGACGUUCACGCUGCCGGCGGUGACGCCGACGGCGGCGGCCAGCAGCGCGGACACGCAGGCGGUGUCGUUCUGGGUGGGGAUCGACGGGGCGACGGCGGGCAACUCGAUCUGGCAGACGGGGGUGGACAUCUACGUGGACAGCCGGAACGAGACCUCGUUCGCGGCGUGGUACGAGUGGUACCCGGCCAACUCGGUGGACGUGGAGAUGGACUUCGCGAUCGGGGAUGUGGUGUUCGCCUCGGUCGAGGCGACGAGCAGCACGGCGGGCACGGCGGUGAUCGAGAACCGGACCACCGGCAAGAAGCUGACGAUGCACGCGACGGCGCCGAGUGACAGUGCCAAGCUCGAGGGGCAGAAUGCCGAGUGGAUCGUCGAGGACCUGGCGGUGGAUGGGGACGGGUUGACGCUCGUGGGCUUUGAGGAUGCCGUGUUCACGGGCUGUGUGGCCAGGACGGCGGAUGGGGAGAGCUAUGGUCUUGCGGAUGGGGCGGCGCUGUAUGCCGUUCAGGAUACCUAUAGCUCGAGUGUGCAGGCGGUGCCGGAGAUUGUGAGUGGUGAGAAGCUGGUGGUUAGGUAUCAGUGAUUAAGCAGAGGUUGUGGUGGGGAAAGGGAGAGCAAGGGUGCAGAGGUGUGUUGGAUAGCGGUGGUUGU